UUUGCUGCGUCGUAUUCUCCGAGGCUAGCGGCGAAGAAACAGAGAGACUGUCAGCGCAGUUUUCGGAUCUUCAUGAGGAAUUCCAGUCUGUUUGUCUACAUCACAUUGCUCGGCUGGUUUGUCUACCCUAUCUACGAAUAUUGGAGUAUGUACCCGGAUGUCGACUACAGUCAACUUCACUUGUUCUAUGGCGACCAAGAUUUCAGUCUCGAGCGAAGUAGAUAUCUCUGGUACCUACAUGGUGUUUCGCUCAUCAGCGUUGCGGUUUUGACCAUGGUGAUGUUGCUGCAUUACGCACUCCCAAUCAUGCUCAUUGAGACCCAGGUUCACGUCCUCAUCGGUUCACUAAGGGCCACCGCCACAUCCCUCAACCGUCACGCGAUGUCGCACCGGGUCCAGUUCAUACGCCCCGCCACUCCUCAUUGUUGA